CGCGACGACUUCCCACAAUGCCCCUCGUCGACCCCGUCACCAUGUCAAGGACAUUGGCCAGGGGGUCCUCCGCGCCCUCCCCGCAAAAGGCCGCCGCAAUCAGCCCCGUGGCCAUCCUCGAUGCGCCGCUCGCGGGACCCCUUGCGCUUGCUCGGCCAGCCGCACUGCUGGCGCUCCUCGCAGUGCGCUUCGGCGCCCUCGUCGCGGACCCGGUGCCGACGCUGAGAUCCGCGUUGCCCGUAGUGGCGGUGGUGCAGGCCGUGUACGCGGUGCUCUGCCUCCCGGUUGCCGGGUCGCAGCACGGGCGAGCCGCGAAGAAGCAACGGCCAGGCGAGAAGAGAAAGCCCGGCGAUGGCACCGGUCCCAAUCCCAUCUCCUCCGCGGUUCUCUCCCUCAUCCUAGCCGUCAUUGCGACCCCUGCUGUGCACCUGCUCUUCGUCCUCUUCGGCGCGCCGUUCCUCGACCACGUCCCACACACGCUCCUCUGCGCCGCGCACUUCUCCAUGCUGGUGCUGUUCCCGACGUUUUACGCGCGCGGCGUCGACACGCAGGCCCUCGUCGCCGUGGCCGGCGCGGCCGCGCCCCUAGACGAGACAUUCGGGGCGCUCCUCGGCGCCGUGCUGGGCGCGUGGCUUGGGGCCGUGCCGAUCCCCCUCGACUGGGACCGCGACUGGCAGCGCUGGCCCGUAACCAUCGUGGUGGGCAUGUACGCGGGUGCGACGUUCGGCGCGUGGGCGGCGGGAACGGUGCUCUACGGCAAGAGGCUCGUCAGCGAGGCUGAAGAGUCAACGGCGGCGGCGGCGGCGACACCGUCGUCAACGAAGGAAGAGUAG